CACGACCCUUCGCAUUCGCCUUUGUUGUAUUACUUUCAUGAGGGCUUUGUCCUAUGUUAGUUCGCCUGCUAAAGAUGAUCUCGGCUUGGUGCUGCAUAGAUCUCUUCUUGACGCCGCUGCUAAAGCGGAUGUUGCAGCAUUUUUUGCAGCUGCCGACGCUGGGGCAGACGUGAAUGCAGAAGAUCCCUCUGGGCGAAACGUCGUCGGCUGCGCCAUUGCUGGCGAAAGAUGGCAGGAUGCAGAUGCGUCUGCCGAGUCCUUUAUGCUUGACCAACGCCUGACGAUUCUCAAAGCGCUACUCCGCCACGACGAUGUUUCUUUGUCUGUGCUGAACGCGCCUAUAGACGCUAUGCGUGGGAUCACGCCUCUGGGACUCGCGGCCUGGCUGAACUCUCCCGAGAUCGUACGGAUGUUGUUAUGCGAAUGUCCUGGUCUGGUCACCGUUGAUGGCAUGGAUUCUUCCGGGGCGACGCCCCUCAUGUAUGCCGCUCGGGAUGGCCGUAUCCAGAUUGCCCACGAUCUGCUUUCACUCGGUGCACGACCAGACUAUCGCGAUCUGAACCACAGAUCUUCUAUUCAAUUCGCGCAGAAGCAUCCUCAGGUACUCUGGCUCUGUGAGAGCGCGGUACGCCGACGCCGGAUGUCCGAGUCCACUGCAAAAAUCUCCACGUCAAGCUUCACGACUUCAAAUACGACAAUGCCGAUUGAAUGUCACCCACGAUUAGCCUUGAAGCCUUCAAAGGAUGACCUGCUGGACAUGGUCGGCAUUCUGAACACGGCUAUCCAAUCUAGCGAUCUCCCACAACUUUCGGCUUGUCUUCUUCCCCUUACUUUACCUAAUCGAGGCCAGUCCCACCCGCCGCCAAUACUCGUCAACUUUCCCGAUGCUCAAGGCCGAAGUCCAGUCCACUAUUGUAUGGCAACAUCUAACCCUUCGCUGGAGAUCCUCGAUGCUCUAUACCUUGCCGGCGCCGACGUUAGCCUUCAUAGUCGUAGCGGCGAAGGUACGCCGCUGCACUGCCUUGCUCGUCAUGCGAAGCCCGUAGCGCCCGAUAUGAUUCGAGACUUCGUUCGUCAUCUCGUCUUCGAUCUUCGUGCGCCCCUUGCUUCUCAAGAUGCGAAGGGAGACACCUGUCUUCAUGUUGCCGCCGAGCACGGUCAUAGUGCGGAUGUACUGGCCACUCUUUUGGCUUGUGAUGUUACGGACUCGAUACGCGAGAUACGGAACUUCAGAGGAUUUACCGUGCUGGAGGUCGCGAAGCCACAUCUUAAGGUCGCGUUCGGUAUUAACGCCAAAAUAAACCGAUCCGUUUCGUCUGCUUCUGCCAGGACCAUCAAACCUUCCACCACUUCUUUGGAUUCGUCUCAGUCUUUGUUCCGCACAGAGGUCUUGCGUCGUAGAGUCUUCAAGGUUCCCGUUGACGUCGACAUGCACGACUCACUCUCGGACCUGAAUAUCCAACUCUUCCCCCACUGCAUCCUUGAAAAUCUCCUCAUUACCUCUCGCCAACUCUGUCUACAAGCAGAAGACCCAAACGUUAGCGAGAUUGAGGAACUUCUACAAAAAACGGAAGACAUGGGUGAAGACUUACUGGUCCACAUGCAGGCACGGCUCAACGAUGUAAGCGAGGAGCUGCAGUCCGCCCGUCAAAAAAUCUCUGCUACCCGUCUAUCGGUUCAAGAACUCGAGCAGACAGCAAAUGCUGAGAAUGACGGACUCCCCGCUGCCUUGGAGAACGGAUGGGGCACACCAGGCUCUCCUCGACGACGCACUACGGACUCCAAGAGCUCGGGUUGGACCGCCGUCUCGAGCCGCGAAACGUCGAAUAAGGUGGCAAGUGACUCUGCAUCAGCUCUUUACCCCCACGACUUCUCGGACUCCGGUAUCGCGCUACCAGAAGCGUUCUGCGAGACGUCGUUCACAGCUUCCACAUCUCCGCCUCCUACCCCUCCUGCAGCGAACGUCCUUCGCCCGACGAAGUCCAUGGUCGAUCUCGGACGAACAUCUGACAUCGCACCCGAAGACAGGGGAUUCCUCAAAUUAUUCGCUUCUUGGACCAAGGAAGGCACUCGACCCCGCAGCAGGACUCACAGCCAAACCAGUGCUGAGACUGUCGACCGCUCUUCCAUCUUACUUAGAGAACCGCGCGAGUCAGCUGCAUCAGGAAUGUCCAGGGUUAAGGCUUGGUUCAAGAGGAGACUCAUGUCAGAGGUUGCUGUGCCGUCAACUGUAGCAGAGAACGUGGAAGACUCAUCUCCAAGCAGCGACUUGCCCACCCACCAGGAAGAUAACCGCGAUCCGCCACCCCAGAGUAUCCAGCAGCGUGCCGCACGGGAUGAUGUCAGCUCGGCUCUGAAUGUACUCCGCGCGACCAACCGAGAUCUCACUUCCAUCCAGGAAGAUAUCGAGACUGCGGAGCAUUAUGCUGAUCACACCGGCAGGUCUAUCGCUCAGGCUCGACAGCUCCUUGCGAGGAGCCUAGAGAACCGACGCGUGCAAUGUCUCCAUGCCAAGCGCCUGCUUGGCCCACAGUGCACAAGUCUACCCGCGUCGAAUCCGUCCGAAUCUUUGGAGUUCCCGCCGGUCACCAUUCCUACAUCGCCACGCGACAGCCAGCUCGUCUUCCCCAAGCCUCCCAAUGUCCUGACAUCCAUGUCGAUACUCUCGCUCUCCUCGACAUUGGUCGAGGAAGACGACGACGCUCGCGCCCUCCGGCGGCUCAUUACACGCAAAAUCGAGGCUCGUACGGAUCAUGCGCUCGAAUAUACCAACAAAUCCCUAACGGGAUUACGCAUUGUCAAAGACAUCACUCGAACACUGCGCAGAAAUAUGUCUUCAUAACCCUAUGACCGGCUGGUUCGGUAUGGACUAUGCUUCCACGGACUACUUGUAGCGACUGGGCGCUUUUCCGUGUAUGCUGUAUGUUUGUAGCAUAGUGUAAGCUCUACCGUGAUUCAUGGCGUGGCUAACUCAUACACGAUCUCGCUCGAGAAAAUAGAGCUGUUGCUAGAUUUAAGCUUUCAUGUACUUCCUACUCUUGUUGUAUGAUCG